AUGUACAAGGUGAUAAGACAUCCUAGGAAAUGCUUACCUCUCGCUGUUCUUCAACAUAGGCCAGAACCCCAGUAUCUCCCAGCAGGCCCUAAGGGCCUAUGCCUAGGGGAAAAGGUGGAUCCUGCAGGAUCCUGUAACCCAGACCUGCACUUCAACAGAGCUACGCUGCAUAAAUAUGAGGAGAAUUACACGGAGGCCCUGGAGGGUUUUUUCCAUGCAGCAUCCUUUGAGUCAGCCUGGCCCAAAACCUGGCAGCCCCAGCAGCAGCUCCUGGAUUUCCUGGAGUGUCUCACCAGCCUUCUGGAGAACAAGGGCAAAGUGAAGGGUAACAAACUGCAGAGCACACUGGGAAGCCUGCACCCAUCCCAGAUGGGCCCCUGUGGGGAUGGGCAGUACCAGGGGUCCUUGGGCCAGGAGGUGGCACUGGAGCGUCGGCUCCUGAGCGCCCUUCAGCUGUGUGUGAACAUUGGGGCCAUAGUGCUGGGCAGGGUGUCUUCAGCCUUACCACAGAAGAGAAAGUGCCCUUGUGAGUACUGACCUGUCCGUCCAUCCAUCUUUAGUGCUUUCUAUUGAUGUCAUAUAUCCAUCUUCCACGUCAUCCAUCU